GCGAAGCGAGCGGUUCAGAGGGGAGCGACAGCUGUCAUCUUUGACGUGUCCGAAAACCCUGAUGCCAUCGAUCAGGUCAGUACACACACACACACACACACACACACACACACACACACACACACACACAGUUUCAACACACACGGCACUCACAUCCAAAGUCUCCACUUAUUCAAUGAAGGAGGCAAUGAAGGAAACAAUGAAGGAAACAGAGUAGCUAAGCUAACAUGCUACUGCUACAAACAGAUUCCUCUCCAUUCAAACACCAAAUUCGUCUUCUCUUUUCAAAGACCUUCUGUCCUAACAGAUCACUGUCAACUGACUGAGACAUGCCCUGCUAUGACAAGCAGGUUGUGUGUUUGCCCAACAAUAGACUUUCUUUCUUUCUUUCUUUCUGGUCAAACCCAUGUUGAUGAAGCAGGCUCAUUCAGCUAUUAGAGGCUUCGGGUCGAGCCUAAGGACCCGUUCCAAAUUGCACUCUAUUCCCUAUAUAUUGCAUAGGGCUCUGGUCAAAAGUAGUGCACUAUAUAGGGAACAUGGUGCCAUUUAGGAUGUAUGCUGAGUAUUACCCUGCCUGCCUAAAGAGCGAGAGAGAGAGAGAAUUGAUAUUCAGUUUUUUACUCCGUGCUCUGUUGAGCUCAUCAAAUCAAUCGAUCACAUUUUAUUUAUAAAGCCCUUUUUACAUCAGCAGAUGUGUGUGCUAUACAGAAACCCAGCCUAAAACCCCAAACAGCAAGCAAUGCAGAUGUAGAAGCACGGUGGCUAGGAAAAACUCCCUAGAAAGGCAGAAACCUAGAGAGGAACCAGGCUCUGAGGGGUGGCCAGUCCCCUUCUGGCUGUGCCUGGUGGAUAUUAUAACAGCAAAUGGCCAUUAAGGCCAGAUCUUUCUCCAAGAUGUUCAAACAUUCAUAGGUGACCAGCAGGGUCAAAUAAUAAUCACAGUGGUUGUAGAGGUUGCAACAGGUCAGUGCAUCAGGAGUAAAUGUCACUUGGCUUUUCAUAGCCAGGCAUUUAGAGGUUGAAAUAGCAGGUGCGGUAGAGAGAGAGAGAGUUGAAAACAGCAGGUCUGGGACAAGGUAUCAUGUCAGGUGAACAGGUCAGGGCUCCAUAGCUGCAGGCAGAAGAGUUGAAACUAGAGCAGCAGCAUGACCAGGUGGACUGGGGACAGCCAGGAGUCAUCAGGCCAGGUAGUCCUGAGGCAUGGUCCUAGGGCUCAGGUCCUCUGGGAGGGGAGGGAGAGCGGGAGAGAGAGAGAGAGAAUUAGAGGGAGCAUACUUAAAGUCACACUGGACACUGGAUAAGACAGGAGAAUAACACCAGAUAUAACAAAUUGACCCUAGCCCCCCGGCACAUAGACUAUUGCAGCAUAGAUACUGGAGGCUGAGACAGAGGGGGGGGGGGGGGGGGGUCGGAGACACUGUGGCUCAUAAUUGCACAGGUAGUUUAGAGCUGCUACUGCACACCAACAUAUUACCUCAUCCCCUGGUACCCCUGAAUAAUCUGAGUCUCUCUCGCUUUUGUCUCUUUCUCUCUCGUCUGACUCUCUUUUUUUCUCUUCUCUCUCUGAUUUUCUCUCUCUACUUCUCUCUCCCUCGCUCUCUCUCUCUCUCUCCCUCCAUUCUACCUGAGCUAGUUCCUGUUUCUUUGUUGUCGGCUGGUGAGCUCCCUGCCUGCCUGUAAUACAGAAGUCUCUCCUCUAGCCUCCACUGGUGCAGCGUAGGUAGCAGCUUUGUCAGAGAGAAUAAUUCUCCUGUGGUAUUCAGCCAGGCCAACAGCACCAGGCCCGGACAUGCAGAUUUCUCUGUGUUGAGGCCUCCAGGCUGUAGGCAACAACAGCAGUGUAGCAGAGACCCACAGAGAUGAAAGGCUUGAGAAGGGACCACAUGAAAGGCAGUGUGGCCCGCAGGGUUAAAUUCCCCUAAGAGGGUUUCCAGUCGCAGCCGCCCAAUCGGUACAGACACGACCCACAAGGCCGAGGGGCAGGGAGGAGGAGUUAGAGAGUUAAUGUCCUACGGGUGAAAUUAGGAGGGAGAGAGAGGGUUAUGAAGUUAAUGUUUUUUUACCUCUUUCUUGAAAAAAAAAUUAUUGUCAUUUACAUGAUCUACUAAGUUUACGGCUUUUACGAAGCCUUUAAUUUAAUGCUGAGUUAAACGUGAUUUUGAUAAUAGAGAAGCACUUUAAGUUCAAUUUGACUUCGAGUGGUUGAGUAUCUCAUCUUUCAAAUUCACUUUGUUCUUCAAUUCAAGCACAUGCAGCAUAACUUUGCUAGCAGUGUUGGCACUUUUGAGAGCCUAGUCUAGAUUGACUUUGUAGAUUGCAGGGUGAGAAGAACACAAGCAGAGGAAGGUAUGUGAAAUUGCCAUUUGCCAUUCGCUAUACUGUAACCAGUGAGAGCAUAUUUCACUUGGUAACAUGACAACAGGGGAAGAAAUUGAAAAGUGAAUAUCCCUGGUAUUUCCCCUGGCCUUUCUAAAUUACAGACGAGAGGACAUGGAGGGAGGGAGGCUGACAGAUUGGAGAGACUAGAGAGAGCAGGGGGAGGGAGGGAGGCUGACAGACGAGGGAGGGAGGCUGACAGACUAAAACAGGGGUGUCAAACUCAUUCCAGAAGGCCUAGUGUCUGCGGUUUUGGGUUUUUCCUUUCAAUUAAGACCUAAACAACCAGGUGUGGGGAGUUCUUUACAAAUUAGGGACCUUAAUUCAUUAAUCAAGUACAAGGGAGGACCGAAAACCUGCAGACACUCGGCCCUCCGUGGAAUGAGUUUGACACGUGGACUAAAGAGAGAGGAGCUCAGUGGAGGAGGCAGUCCACAGUUUCCACAUCUCUCUCUCUCUCCUACAGGUUAUUUUCUCAGUGGGAAAUAAAAUGAGAGAUUAUGUUGAUGAUAGGACAUGGUUCUUAUUCUUAAUUUACAAUACUGAAGGUCGAUGUGGUGUGGGCCAAAUGUGGAAGCUGGCCGUGUCUGUGUUCUCCUACAUAGCUGACCUGUUGUGUGUGUGUGUUCUCCUGUAUAGCUGACCUGUUGUGUGUUCUCCUUUCCUGCAGUUGAACCAGGUAGCGGAGGACCCUCUGAAGAGGCCGGUGGUUUAUGUGAAGGGGGCCGAUGCUGUUAAGCUGAUGAACAUAGUCAACAAGCAGAAAGUGGCCCGUGCCAGGAUCCAGCACAGACCACCAAGGGUAAGAGCCAGACGAGCCAAACCAGAACUUCUGGGAAAAUACUAGUUGUGUGUGUGUGUGUGUGUGUGUGUGUGUGUGUGUGUACGCGCACAGCUGCAAGUGAAUGGACUAGCCAAACCAUAUUUUGAUCAUAACUCUCAUUUAAACCCUACACACUUCACAAAGCACUAUACUGAGUCUCACAGCUAACAGUUACAGACAUGGGAAGACAUUCUUCUAGAGAAAUCUGAGUCUCUCUCUCUCUCUCUCUCUCUCUCUCUCUCUCUCUCUCUCUCUCUCUCUCUCUCUCUCUCUCUCUCUAUUCUUCGAUAUAUCACAACAAUUUCACACAGUCAAUUUAUCAAUGGAUGGUGCCAGGGGUGCAUCUAUGCCCAGUUCUAUGCUUCAAUGCCUGUGUGCCUGCACGUGUGAGAUGUCUGCCUUUGGUGGAAUAGACAUCAUUUAACAAACCCUUAUCCCUCUGUCUCCCUCCCUGCAGCAGCCUACAGAGUACUUUGACAUGGGGAUCUUCCUGGCCUUCUUCGUAGUGGUAUCUCUGGUCUGCCUCAUACUGCUCAUCAAGAUCAAACUAAAACAGAGGAGAAGCCAGGUGAGGGGACACACACAGUGCUCCACCAUGUUCCCCAGAAUGCUAGUUCACAUAGGGUUAGAGAUGUUACUGUACUGUAGGCCUGGACCGGUCCAUGAGUCCGGAUUAACAUCUAAUUCACUUUGGAGAGCAGUACAGUACUAACCCUGAGGACAGGUGAAAUCUUGCCAGCACACCUGUGUGUGUGUGUGUGUGUGUGUGUUAGACAGAGAAACACACUCCAGGGGACCGCGUUUGGGAUUACCUGGCAGUGUGUGCACGCACCUGUUUCUGUUUGCGUGUGUGUGUUCCUGACGAGCGACGGUGAUGCUGAUGAACCAUGCCGACUUCCUUGAAGCAUUCAUUAAAAUAGCAGUUGACACCAGCGGCGGAUUGUCACACGUUACGAAACCUCUUUCCAGUUUAGUUCACACGGGGGCAUGCUAAGGACACUCUGUCCUCAACAUAUUGCUCUAUCUAUGUAGGCUACAUGACCAACACUGUAAACCUGUCUACCAAGACUGUACCUGUCUACCAAGACUGUACCUGUCUACCAACACCGUAAACCUGUCUACCAACACUGUAAACCUGUCUUUAUGUACCUGUUGUGUACCAUUACUCCCAGCCUGACCCUUUCUUUCCCUCCUCUCUCUUCUCCCUCUCUCCGUGUCUCCAGAGUUCUAUGAACAGGAUGGCCAUCCAGGCCCUGGAGAAGAUGGAGACCAGGAAGUUCAAGGCCAAGGUCAAAGGGCAGCGCGAGAGCAGCUGCGGGGUGUCGGAUUCGCUGAGCAGUAGCUCCACCUCCGACUGCGCUAUCUGCCUGGAGAAGUACAUCGACGGAGAGGUGCGAGAGAGAACACACACACACACACACACACACACACACAGAAUACUGUCAAUAAAAACUAGUUGUGAGAGACUUUGUUAUGUCGGAGAGUAGCAUUUGAAUUGGAGUGGUAUUUGAAAGUGGUGAGUUUAAGGCCAAACUGAUUUUGUUUCUGAAGUCACUGUAGAAAGAUGUUUCCUAGACCCUUAUCUGGGACCUUUGAAGGUUUACAGUAACUGCGUUGCUAAUCAUGGCCCAGCCUGGGGACAUCAAACGACCAACCCCAGAGCCCCUGUCCCCCAGGGGACCCAGUCAGUCAGUGAGUGUGUUAUGUGUUGUCUCGGGAAACCAGGGGAAGAAAACACACAACAAUGCAUAGUAGUGAUAUAAAAGGCUGAAUGGCAUCAAAGGGCAGUGAAGUAAGACACAAAAGAUGGGAGGGAGAGAGCCCAAAGAGGAGAUGAGUCAUGCUAGGGGGGAGAGAGAGAGGGAGAGAGGGAGGGAGAGAAGGAGAGGGGAGAGAGAGAGGGAGAGAGAGAGGAAGGGAGAGAAGGAGAGGGGGAGAGAGAGGAAGGGAGAGAAGGAGAGGGGGAGAGGGAGGAGAGAGAGGUAGGGAGAGAAGGAGAGGGGGAGAGGGAGGGAGAGGAGGGGGAGAGAGAGAGAGAGGGAGGGAGAGAAGGAGGGGGAGAGAGGGAGGGGGAGAAGGAGAGGGGCAGAGAGAGAGGGAGGGAGAGAAGGAGAGGGGUAGAGAGAGAGGGAAAGGGCGAGAGAGACUGAGGGGAAAAACUCUGUCCAAGAACGGAAUAAUAAUGAUCCUUCUUUGUGUUAGUGAGUCUUGGAAUCCCUGUGUUCUGUCUAAAGCUCUCUCUGGCUCGGCCAACAGCAUGGCGUCAGGAUUGAGAAUAAGGGUGACUGGUUUAGUUGGAGGGCUCUGCGCUGUCAUGAUGGGUAGUGUAGUCUUGGGUUUGAUUGUGAGGUUGGAUUUGUUCAGUGUAGCUGGAUACUGAUGUAUAAUGUGACACCGGUGAAGAAGAGAAACCUUCUUGCUGCUUUGCUGCCACCUGUUGGCCAUUCACCCAUCAAACGCCAAUAAUGUCCUUUACUCUCCCCCUCUCUUCUUCUUCCCCCUCUCCUGCUCUCCCCCUAUUUCCUUCUCCUCCUGUUCUUCUCCUCCUCUCCUUCCCCUCAACAGGAGCUGCGGGUCAUCCCCUGUGCCCACAGGUUCCAUAAGAAGUGUGUGGACCCUUGGCUCCUUCAGCACCACACCUGCCCUCACUGUAGACACAACAUAAUCGGUGAGUUGGUACACACUGGCAGCAUCCCAAAUGGCACUCUAUUCCCUAUGUGCCCUGGUCUAAAGUAGUGCACUAUAUAGGGAACAGGGUGCCAUUUGGGAUGCACACACUGUCGGCCUGUGGCCUGUGGCUCUCUCAUAAGAGUUUUCCUGUCAGCACUUUUGUCAGACUACACAACCCACUAAAACAGUAAAAGCAAAAUGUAAUUGACUUAAAAUACCCUUUUCAUUAAAUAAAGUAAAUAUUACAGCACAUGAAACCCUAACUGUAACAUAGCUAACCUUUGAAAGACUCUUCUUUGACUCUCUAGGUUAACCUUACUCAAACGCUCUCCUUCUCUCACACCCCUCUUCUCAGAGCAAAAGAAGGGGAACCCCGGCCCUAUCUGCAUGGAUGGCAACCCCGUCCACAGCCGGCAGCAGAGGGUAGUCCUGCCUGUCCACUACCCAGGCAGGGUGCACCGUGCUGGGCAGGUGACUACCUACCCCACCCGCACCUCCAUGGACCCCCAUGGUAACCCCAUCACAGUGCUCACUGUGGACCACCACCCAGACCCCCAGGGCCUGUACCCUCCCCAGUCUGCCCACGCCGGGGCCUUCCUCCGGGGCUACCACCCCCACACUACCAUGCACCUGGACCACUCUAUCAACCCCCACCACUGUGGCCUGGGCCUCAACCCCCCCACCUACCCCCAGCACCAGCAGUCCGGGCCCCACCAUGGAGCCUUCAAGAGGCCCAAAUUCCACGGGCGCAGCUUCUCGCGUGCUGCCUGCUACUCGCAGUACGAGACCAUGUACCAACACUACUACUUCCAGGGCCUGACCUUCCCCCAGCAGGGUGAGGGGGCUGCAGGCGGAGGGGGGGUGGCUGGGGGCGCCGGGCCCCACAAGGGCCACCACAGCAGGGCCUUCCAGGGGGGUCUGCUCUACCCCACGGUGGUCCACAUGGCCCCCGCUACCAGCUCCAGGAUAGGUGAGGCAGGGAGCGGUGCCUCGGGCCUGGGCUGUUACCAUGGCCACCGCUCUAUGUGCAGCGGUUAUCUGGCCGACUGUCCGGGCAGCGACAGCAGCAGCAACAGUUCGGGCCAGUGCCACUGUUCCUCCAGUGACUCUAUGCUGGACUGCACCGAGGUUAGCAACCAGGGGGUGUACGGCUCCUGUUCUACCUUCCGCAGCUCCCUGAGCUCUGACUACGACCCCUACGUCUACCGCAGUAAGAGCCCCUGCAGGGGGUCGCAAGGGGAGCCAGGGGCCACAUCCGCAGGGGCCUCCACCGCCUGCCCCUCCACAGCCGAGGACUCCCUAACCCCAGCUCCCUCGGGGGGCCAAGACGGCUGCAAUCUGCAGCCACAGCCUCCUCCAGGGGCCUGUGGGUUCGGCUCAGGGGACCAGCUCUCCAGCUGCGGUCUGGAGCCCAACUACAGCAGCCGCUCGUCACCGGAGCAACCCAGGGACACCAGCACCACUUGCACUACCUCAGCCUGCCCUCUAGAAGGAGCCGCGGACAGGGGGAAGGGGGGGCAGACAGGGGAGGAGAUAGGGGGGCAUCAUGGCCUGGGGGGAGCCGGAGCAGGGGCGUGUAGCUGCUGUUUCGAGGUACUCCCACCAAACAUGGAGUGCAUAGGUCAGCAGGGGCAGGACUCGGACACGGCGGGGUCUCUGGCCUCCUCGGGGCGUGGCUGUCACAGGGGGGCGGAGUUCCAUCAGCAGAGCUCCGCCUCUCAGCAUCAGCAGAACUUUUACGGCCCGGGGGAGCACCUGUUGUCUCCGUCGGAGCAGGUGAGUUACGAGGGCCUGCCCUGCUUCUUCUACAAGGAGAUGAAGGUCCACCGGGCCACAGGGGGGCGCUAUAACGAGGACUAUGCCGUGAACGUGCAGUACGCACACCACGCUGCAGACUCAGACGCCUGCUCGGGACAGGGCUGCUGUGGCGAGCUCAGCCAGAGAAUACCCAUAAUCCACGAGGACACAGACUGUGAGCCGGGCUUGGGGGCGGAGACCCAGAGCAGCCUACUGCCAGGCAGCCUGAUCACGGGGGAGGGGCAAGGGGGCGAGGGGCGGACUGGGACUCGGUUGCGGGUGGAGCCUGGUGAAGGGGGGUACUUCACUUCAGGACAGUUCAGAGGUCAAAUGUACCCCACCCAGGAGGAAGAAACCAGGGCCCUGUUCCACCCCCAGAACUCCACUAACCACGAUGCAUCGGGAAACAGUAAAGCUACAUAUGAGGGGCUUGGGGGUAUAUGA